UGGAAUCAGUCAGUAAGCAGCAGCAGCUCAUCAGCAGGAGCGAGUGAUGAAGAGGCGCUUCAACAGCUGAUGUGUCAACUUUUCUUUCUCAUUUCACUCAUUCGCACAAGAUGGGACACGCGUACUGGCACUGGCUGCGCUAGAAGAGACGACGUGCGGCAUGAGAGCUGUGCGACCUCUCACAAAAGCUGUUUUUUACUCGGUUUUUCACCGUUUUUCCCUUUUUCAUUUAACACCGCGCUGCUAGCUUAGCUCGCUAGCUAACCAGCCAGCCAGCCAGCUAACGUUACUUGAGCGAGCUAAUCAUCUGCCGGCUACAUUACCAGCUAAACUUCAUGAUGAUUCAACGGGUUUUCGGCUAAUGACUUUACUGGAAGGACUCUACUAUCACUUUCCCGAUUUUUGGACGUGCUGGACUACGACACAAACAUGAAGAAACAGUUUAAUCGGAUGAAACAACUCGCCAACCAGACAGUUGGCAGGGCGGAGAAAACAGAAGUCCUCAGUGAUGACCUGUUACAGAUUGAGCGCCGUAUGGAGCUGGUGCGAGUCGUUUCCCACAACACACAUAAGAGACUGGUCACAUGUCUGCAGGGGCACAUCGGCACAGAUGCUGAGAAGAGACAUAAAAAGCUUCCGCUAACAGCUUUGUCGCAGGCCAUGCAAGAUGGGGGAAGUCAGCUUGGGGAAGAGUCUCUAAUUGGGAAAAUGAUGGACCUGUGCGGGGAAGCGGAGAACAAAUUGGCAUCAGAGCUGAUGCAGCACGAAAUGCAGAUUGAGAAGGACAUUUUAGACCCACUCAAUCUGUUAGCUGAGGUGGAAAUCCCCAACAUAUUAAAACAGAGGAGACAGCUGGCCAAACUGGUGCUGGACUAUGAUUCUGCUCGAGGAAGGUGGUUGCAGGCGACCAAGUCUAUAAUCUCGGGAACAAACACACAAGCACUGACAGCCAAGGCAGACUCGCUUAAAGAAGAGAUGGAUGAGGCAAUGAACAAAAUGGAACUGUGCAAGGAUCAACUCUCUGCCGACAUGUACAAUUUCUUUUCAAAAGAAGGGGAUUAUGCCCGCUACUAUGUAAUGUUAUUGGAGGCCCAAGCAGAUUACCACAGAAAGUCUCUCAGCGUGCUAGAAAGUGUCCUGCCGACCGUUCAGGCACAGCAAGACUCAUGGACAGAGAAGCCAGCGUUUGGAACAGGUCUGGAUGAACACCUGAAGCGCAGCAGCAGGGAGAUAGCACUUCCCAUAGAGGCCUGUGUAAUGAUGCUGCUGGAGACUGGCAUGAAGGAAGAGGGUCUUUUCCGAAUAGCUGCUGGAGCCUCCAAACUGAAGAAGCUGAAGGCAGCACUGGACUGCUCCACCUCUCAGCUAGAAGAGUUCUACUCUGACCCGCACGCUGUUGCUGGGGCUUUGAAGUCCUACCUAAGGGAACUACCGGAACCUCUUAUGACCUAUCAGCUGUAUGAUGAGUGGAUUCAGGCAUCCAAUGUGUCAGACCCAGAUAAAAGGUUACAAGAAUUGUGGUUGGUCUGUGAUCAAUUACCAAAGAACAACAAAGCCAACUUCAGAUAUCUUGUUAAGUUCCUUGCUAAGCUAGCUCAAGACAGUGAGACAAACAAGAUGACCCCCAGCAACAUUGCUAUUGUUUUAGGACCAAAUCUGCUAUGGGCCAAAACAGAGGGAACCUUAGCAGAGAUGGCUGCUGCUACCUCUGUUCAUGUGGUCACUAUCAUUGAACCCAUCAUUCAACAUGCAGACUGGUUUUUCCCUGAAGAUGUGGAGUUCAAUGUAUCAGGCAUGUUUUCAAUGCCGACGCCCAUGAUGAACCAUGUCAACCACCUGACCGUUUCUGAUUAUGACCCGGGCACAGUAGAGAGGAAGAGGCCUAAUAGUAUGGUGGGACCAGAUGCUGACAUAUCUAAACGAGACAGCUCUGCUAACAAAUUAAUGGACCACAAUCCACGUAGAGGCAGUACAUUAACUAGAAAGCAGCACGCUUCGCCUGCAUUCCAGCCGCCACUGCCCCCGGUGGAGGCUGCAGGCACUGCAGGAGGCCAGCCUGUUGCUGAACUCCUGCUGCAGCAGCCUACACCGGCAGGCCUGGGCAUGGAGGUUUGCCAGCCUAGCUUGGCGCUGGGGAUGGCUGCCUUAGCAGCAGCACAGCAGCUUCUAGCUCAACACACUGAGGAAAUCAGUUCAAAGUCACGUGAAUCGGCGGUCACGCCUCCAGCUCAGAGAAAUGGUAGCGGAGGCUCAACACAGCUGAGUGUAGUGCCCCCGGUGGCAGGAUCAUCGGGGCCCAGCCCCCACAUGGCACGAAGAGGUGGCAAGAAGCCAGCUCCUGCUCCACCUAAACCACCUUCAGGUCCACUAAGCACCCAGACAACUCCAUAUCCUUCCUCUGGAACCUCUCAGUCCCUUUCUCCAUCUCCUAGACCUCUCUCUACUCCUCCUCCAACCAGUCUGAGUCCCACUCAAGUAGCAGUCCAAACCACGACAACUCCUCGCCGCCACUCAAGCAAUCUGCCUCCCAUCCAAGCACCCAGUCAUCCGCCCCCUGAGCCCCCUACCCAGGUCACUCCACCUCUCCAGCCCAAAGUCCUAGAGCAAAUGGUGGGAGUAGAGCCAACAGAAGACCCCUCGCCACCCAGCACUCCGACUCCCCCAAACACGCCUCCACCAAUGGUCAUUUCUUCUGAAAGCACCAGCGCUCCCUCCCAGUAUCACACUGGCUCUCUGCCGCGACCUCGACCUGUGCCUAAACCACGCAACAGACCCACCGUUCCCCCUCCACCACAGCCUCAGAACCCUGGAAAUGACACCAAUGGAAUCUGCAGCCCUGCCUACAAAAUGUUGGAUGCCGGGAUGCCGUUUGGUCGAGGAUUUGUUCGAGACCUUCCCUCUGACCACCAGACAGUCACCCAGCUAAAGGAUGCUGACCUGGACUCAGAAAGCACCAUCCUGUAAAGAAGCCCAAAACUUAUCCACAACGCUGCUCUUGCCCACUUACCAAAGUGCUCAUCAACUUUGCUGCAUUUUCCAAAAGAUCUGACCUGUCAGUCAGCAAAACAGAAGGAACAAUGAGACGGAAUCAUGACACAGCAGGAAGCUGUUGAAGUUUGUUUUCCAGAUUUAAUUUAAGAAUUAGAAGUGGGGAAUUAGGAGACCGGAUGAAUGAUGUGUUCAAGACAGAGAAAAGACUGGUUUGAGGUACUUGUUGGUUUGUCUUAAGUGGCCUUGGUUAAAAAACAAAAGUAUAAACUAAAUUGGAAUCUGCAAUUGGUGAUAGUAGGCCUAAGUAGAAACCGUAUACUGUGGCUUUAAAUGUAGCCAGUGACUGCUGGUUUCCAGUCAUCUAAUUUUUUCUAUGGAAACUGUCCUACAUCUCAGUAUGUCUAUUUCCAUCCACACAUUCCUUAGGGCUUAAUCCAAUACUUCAACUGUGCUGUGUCUUUUUUUUUCCUUUAAACAAAGCCUUAUUAUGCCUAUUGUGAUUUAGUAGAAUUACAUGCAAUAUAUUACAUGCAGUAUAAGGUGUACACAUGCCACAAGGUUAGUAUUCUGCCUUUAGAACUCAUGUUCAUGGUUAUCCGUAUCCUGGGGCAUUUACACAGGAUCUGCCCUUGAUAAUUUAUUUCGCUGUCUCCACCUAACAGUAAAACUGUAUAAGAAUAUUGAGACAUACAUUCAAAACUCAACAUUGUGCUGUUUAAGAAACGUUUAAUCUGGAAAAAAAUGAAUAAAUAAACUGACAAAGAGCCAGACAGUCUGUGACUUGUAGGUCAGGAGGUCAACAACAUGUUAAAUUUAUUCUUACCGAAUAUUUUACUCAUGUUCCCAAAAGAUAAAAAAAGAUCUUGAAUGGUAGCAAGUGGCACAUAAAUAUGAGAUGAUGACACUAAGGACAUUCUUUAUAGCCUGUAUACUGACUCACUGGCCUUGCCUUUACCUUGCUGCCUUACCUUUUCAUAAAAUGAACUGAAACUAUAAAUGUUUAUGGUUCAUUUAAAGCUCAGAAGCUUUACAACAAAAACGUUUGAACUUAACCAAUUUAGAAAAGUAAAAUGCUUCUUAUUACUGCUUCUGAAUGAUUUAAUAAAAGCACAGUGACAACU